AUGGUCUGGGAUCAGAACUGUACAAGAAUCGUCAUGCUCACAGACGUCAAGGAAUUUGGAAGGCUGAAGUGCAAAGAGAACUGGUCCGACACAUCAGGCAUGUAUACGGGGGAGUUCAACGUAUCAGUGACCGACUGCAUUAUCCGGGCUCACUGGAUCGUCAGAACACUGCAGGUUACAGACAGAAAGACAAACAUAAAGAGAUGUUUUCAUCAAUUCCACUUCGCAACAUGGACGAGCGAUAUAACUCCGGAGGAGACGAACCUGACUGAGUUUCUGUGGCUGGUGAGGACGCUUGGUAACGCACAGCAUGGUCCUCUGCUGGUGCACUGCAGCGAUGGCAUUGGCCGGACAGGGACCUUCAUCGCUCUGGACUACCUGCUGGACCAAGCUCUGGAUGAAGAUGCAGUGGAUGUGUUUGGUUAUGUUUUGGGGAUGAGAGGCCAGAGGAAGGGCAUGGUACAGACGAAGACCCUGAACACUGAAAGGAAACAGAUACCCCUGGGUGAGUAUGGACAAGGUUGA